AUGGCAGUGGACAAAAUAAUAUGGAAGAUAAUAUUGGAUUUUGUGGUUUUGGCGUGCGUGGCAUUUCCUCUCCUGGCGCUGCUGCUAUGGGUAGAACCUUACCACCGCGGCUACUUCAAUGAUGAUAUGUCCCUGCGCUUACCCUACAAGGAGCAGUCCAUAUCUGAAGUUCUACUGGGCUGUUUGGGGUUCGCGCUCAUUAUUGUUACGGUUAUAGCGACGGAAAUAGUCCGCGACAGGCAAGGGAAAGGUAUAGGGGAGAAGUUCCUGUCAGGAUCAUUAAUCCCGGGAUGGAUAUGGGAGAGCUACACCACCAUAGGAAUAUUCACGUUCGGCGCCGCGUGCCAGCAGCUGACUUCGAAUAUAGCCAAAUAUGUGAUCGGCAGGCUGCGACCGCAUUUCUUUGCUGUUUGUGCCCCGCAGCCAAGAAUUACACCCGCUCCGGCUUACAUCCAAGAUUACGAAUGCACGAGUGGGAAAAGCGAAGCGAUGUUAAAAGACAUGCGGUUGUCGUUCCCCAGCGCGCACUCUAGUUUUGCUAUGUACUGCGCCAUUUUCUUUAUUUUGUACAUACAAGUGAAGGGCAAGUGGCGCGGCUCUAAGUUGCUGCGACACGGCGUGCAGUACGCGGCGCUGAUGGGCGCGUGGUACGUGGGGCUGUCGCGCGUGGUGGAGCACAUGCACCACUGGAGCGACGUCGGCGUUGGUUUCCUCAUCGGCGCCGCGUAUGCUGCUCUCGUGUUCGUGUUCGUCCUGAAGCCGAAGAAGUACGGCCUCCCGACCGCCUGGGACCAGCCCGCGCCGCAGUCCGCGCUGCCGCGGCCCGCGCUUGCGCGGUGACCACUCCCACUACCCCCACCCCGCACGCUACACAAUAAACCCAGGAUAUUCUAGAACCCAAUUAACAUAAUACUAAGGGCUAUGAAGCAACUCAGUUUCGCUCUGAAGUGCGAUAUCAGAUGAGACGCUGUGAAAUUGAGGUCAGCUUAAGAUAGUCCCUGUUUAAUAAACAGAUAACAACAUCUCAAGUGAUAACUUAAUUUCAUAUGACGGAUUUUGACGGCUGAGUUUUGUUUCUUGCCAACGUAUCUCAAAUCAAGCACGCAAUUUACAGUUUAAGUAUUGUUUAUUAAAUAGUGCAAUGUUUUAAAUGGCUACUUAAGAUUGUACUCAAAAGUGGGAUUUAUUUAUAAAUACGGCCCUAAGACCCCUGAUAUAACCUCACAAAUCAAACGAAAGUUUUCCGUACACACAUACAUAUAUUUAAAAACACUUACAGGCAAACUGUUGGUUGAGAAUUCGAUAACAAAUGCUGUAAAGCCUCCUGUAAACGUGCGUGUCUUUGGUAAUGUGAAGAGAACCCUAUAGCAAAUAUUUUACACUAUAUUUUACUUUAACAUCAUGUUUUAUAUUUGCAUUAAACUGUAAAUACGGUAUCAUUUAAGAGCUAUUUAGGCGUAGCGCAGAUGGUGUUAAUUUUUUGCAUGUUACAAUAGGUACUACGAAACUUUGUUGCUUUCACAACUGUUGAUUGAGUUAGUGAUUAUUGGAGUAACUGUGGUAUAUGAAAAUGAAAGAUGGCUCCAUGUCGUGCAAUUUGACUCCGUCUGCGUAGUGCCUUAUUUUAAGUGUAGAAGGUAAAGUUCUAAGAACAGUCGUCCGAAGUGCAAAUAAAUAGAAGAAAUACGCCGGUUAAUCGUAGUUCAAUUGUUUUUUUUAAUAACUCAAGAAGUAAGUAAUCUAACGAAUUUACGGUAUUUUUGCACAAAGAAUAUUUGUAAAAGGCUGUGAUUUGAGUAUUUGAUCGAUAAAUUCAAUUAAUAUAAAAUUUGACAUUCCGUCCUAAACACUAACAAAAAUAUGCAAAAAGGUAAGGUUUAAAAAUCUGUAUCAAAAUGGUGCAUAGGUACAAUUAUUUAUAAGUUAAACAAAUAAUGUUUGAAAUAAUAGCAGAAAUAACUACUUUUAUGACAUUUUAAAACAUUCCAAGUCGACUGAUUCAUGAAACUAACAAAAUGAAAGUACAGAAACUUAGUACAAAGGCAAACUAAUUUAUUUAUUUUCUCAAUAAUCUCUUAAUGCAACCUUGUCAUUGUCAACGCAUUUAUUAGACUACUUCCAAUUUUAUGGUCUUCAUUUUUAAGUCGUCUUUUCAUUGACUGGCCUAUACGUAUUGAUUUAUAUGCAAAAGCGUAAGUUGUAUUUUAUAAUUUAAAAGUAUGGAAAAGUGAUAAAAUUUGUGAUUAUUUCAAAAUAUGUUACCAGUUAAUAAAUAAACUAUUUUAAUUAAAAA